UAAAUAAUGACAGAAUUAAAAUUUUUGUGUUAACUAUCCCUUUAAUUGAGGGAACCUGUGGGAAUAGGUGCCCUGCGUUCACAAACACUAGUGAAUGGUGCCCCCUAUUGCUACAUAUAUUAUUAUGUCAAUAUAAAUACGAUCCCAGAAUGGAGAUGGCAUGAUUAUAUAGAACCUUGAUAAGUAUGACACAAUUGUAAAUUAAAUUAAAAUCGAUUGCGCCAAACACCGCGUCUUGAUUAAAUAUAUAGCAAAUCACAGCUUCAGUUCAAAAUAUAAAAACAAUGUGUGCUUAAGUGUUUACCUUUUGGUGGUAUUGUUUUGAGUGUGCUGUAGUCCGGAGCUGAAACUAUCAUCACACUGGACGCAAGUAUCGCCCAAAGCACAAUUCAGCGCUGUGUCCAUCCUCAUGCGCGCUGUGACGUUUAAAAGCGCAUCAUCACUCCGCCGGUCUCAAUUCUCUCUCCGCCUCUCUCUCUCGUGCCUGCGAAUUGUUCACUGACAGUCCGCUGAAGAGUGUGGAACUGACACCGGCAGCUUCGCUUCGUUUGGAAAACUUGUUGAAACUUCAAAUUAUGGCACGUAAUAUGUCGGAGUUCACUUUAAGAGAAACGAAGUUCAUUUGUAAACAAUAAUUUGGUUGUUACUAAUUUGUAAAGCUUUCCAAAGGCUCCUUAUGUCUCUCCGUGAAGCACCAGGCGAACAAGGAGGUGUUCGUUUUUACCUGGGAACAGGUAGUACUUUGGGGAAACUGGUAUACAAAAAGAUCUAAAAUGAAUGAAACCAUGGACCUGAACAUUACCCUUGUGGAUGAUGGUAACCGGACUUUUCUCAACGGCUCCAGUGAAUUAUUCUUACCUCAGAACAACAUUACAUAUGUUGGAUAUUACCUGCAUCAGCCAUCAGUAGCAGCAGUCUUUAUAGUGUCUUACCUGCUCAUAUUCCUGGUCUGCAUGGUUGGAAAUGGAGUGGUGUGCUUCAUUGUGUUACGGAGCAAAAACAUGCGCACUGUCACCAACCUUUUCAUCCUCAACCUCGCCAUCAGUGACCUUCUUGUUGGGAUUUUCUGUAUGCCCACAACUCUUCUUGACAACAUUAUUACAGGUUGGCCGUUUGGAAGCAUGGUCUGCAAAAUGAGCGGUAUGGUCCAGGGCAUAUCAGUCUCAGCCUCUGUUUUCACCUUGGUUGCCAUAGCGGUUGACAGAUUCAGAUGUAUCGUGUAUCCCUUCAAGCAAAAACUGACAAUAUCAACAGCCACCCUCAUUAUUGUGAUAAUCUGGGUCCUGGCAGUCUCCAUCAUGUGCCCCUCUGGCGUCAUGCUUCAGGUGACUAAAGAACAAACCAUUCGCGUGUUCCUGGGAGAUGGUAACCGAACGAGCCCUUUCUACUGGUGCAGGGAAAACUGGCCCAACCAGGAGAUGAGGAAGAUCUACACAACUGUCCUGUUUGCCAACAUUUACCUAGCUCCUCUGUCCCUCAUAGUGAUCAUGUAUGCAAGGAUUGGGAUCACUCUGUUUAAAACGGCUAUGCCGGCGGGGGCCAAACCUGGCCACGAUAACCGUCACUCUGUGUCAAAGAAAAAACAAAGAGUGAUCAAAAUGCUCCUCGUCGUGGCCUUGCUCUUCAUCUUGUCGUGGUUGCCUCUGUGGACGCUGAUGAUGCUAACAGACUAUGUUAAACUUACUGAACAUCAGUACAGGAUUAUUAACAUCUACAUCUACCCUUUUGCCCACUGGCUAGCCUUUUUCAACAGCAGUGUCAACCCGAUAAUUUAUGGGUUCUUCAACGAGAACUUCCGCCGUGGAUUUCAGGCCAUCUUUAAGUUCGGCCUGUGUCCUGUCGGUGGUCAACAUCGGACCUAUUCUCACAGGUUGCAGGGUAAUUCUGUGCAGCCGGUAAACCUGCAGCCCUCCACAGAGCCCAUCUCUCUUAAUAGCCUGGAGAACAACAGCUCGAGGAGGAUGAACCACGUUAACGAGCAAGACUUAGUGAUGGAAGAUUUAGAGAAAGUGUCUGAAUGCAGUAUGGAAGGAGCUUCUCUUUAGGGGUUUCAUAGAGAUGAAUAAUAACGUGGCAGUGUUUUGUAGAUGACAAUGAUGUAGGCUACCUAAUAGGCUCAUUACAUCUCAAAUUGAAGACUAUUAUUUAAUAAAACCUUUUUUUUUUUUUUUAUAUGACAUUGUUAACAUUAUAUAAUUGUGUAUAAAAUGGAUUUUACUUUUUUUUCUACUUUUUUUUUUUGAACGGUCAUUUGCUGCUAACAUGAAUGUACUUUCUGGCACAUCUGGCAGUUAAUCAGUUGCAAUUUGUAAAGAUAAAAUCAGUUUUAAAAAAAAAGAUUAUUGUAAAAUUAUGUAUAUAUAUAUAUAUAUAUAUAUAUAUAUACAGAGAAUCAUUUUGUAUAUUCACGACUGUAUACUGAUGUAAACAUCUGGGAUUUUACAGUAAAUUAUUUUAUUUAUUUAUUUAAUUUUAUAUGCAAUCUGAAAGUAUCAGAACUGCCAUAAUCCAGAAUAGUUGAAUAAAAAGCAAUAGUUUUUGGAUUACAAUAUGGGAUUUAAGGCACAGAACUUGCAUCAUAAUACUAAAAUUAAACAUACCUCAUUUGUGACAGAUCCCUCUAAAUGCUGGAAUGAAUUUCAGUGGGAGGGUUUUUUUUUUUUUUUUUUUUUUUUUGGAGACAAUGGACCAUAAUUUUUUAACUUGUGCCAAAACAGGGUAAAAUGAGCCUUUUAUCUGAUUGUUUACCACAGAGCGUGUAGUAACCCUGUUCAUCAGUGUUGACUGACUGUUUUUUAAAUUGUUUUACAUAGACAGAAGUAGGCUUUGUAUGGGCAUCAAGAAUAUUUGAUUCUCAUGAGUCUGGAUGUACGUAACACUGUGAUUCACUGGCCUAAAGCUAUUCUUUCUUUCUCUCCAUGUUUGUCAUCUGUGCCAAAACCUUUGCCAAACUUGUGGGUUUCCUGUCAGGGUUUUCAAAUUUAGUUUUUAACUACCCCAUCCUUCGGCCUACAUUAUCUUGUGACAGCUUCACAAAACAAUCUGUAGUGAGUCGGACUGAAAUCUCUUUAAAGAUAAACCUCAGCUCUCUGUUAAGAUCAUUCAGAAGGAUAUACAGAGCCAGGACAAGCACAAGGUUUAGGAAUAAUUGUUUCUGUCUGUCCUACUUUGUACUUGUUAUUCACCAUAAUUUAGAAUGACAGAACAGGGUGUUUUUGCAGAUCAGUUUCAAUAAAUAUUUUAUCAAGUAUUAAUAAAUAUAUAUAUGCUUCAAACUGGGAAGGAUGUUCUGAAAGUUGUAGUAGGACUUUUUACUUAUUUUGUAUCUCUGUCAUAUUAGCAAUGCAUACCCACUCCAGUUUGCUUUGGUGAAGUUCCAGAAUAUAUGCCAGUGUUUGUUUAUUCCAGUUUUAUUUCUUUUUCUUUUUUUACCUUCACCCUGAAUGAAUGAAUGUCCUACAUUCAGUGUGAAUGUCAGCAGAAACAUCUUUUCUCCCCCUCAAACAGAGCAAAACAUUUCCUUUUCCUAGACUAUUUUCAUUCAAAUAUUGUGACAGGAGUUUGUUGGACUACUUAUUUGAACCAUUAAAGACAUUCAAAAAUACCUACAAACAGGAUUUGUCCUCAAGCAUUUCUACAGUCUGCUGUCGGCAGUAAAUCUAUCGGCCGUCAGAGCUGUGUUUUUGUGAUUAUCAUAGCAGAUGGGAGAUGAGUAUGUUAAUUCUGCCCUCUUCUUGACAGCAGACACUACAUAAACCAAUGCAAUCUCAAUAUGAUUAAAGCAGCAACACUGUAGUAAAGUGAGAUCGAAAAUUAGCCGAAGGAAUGUGAUAGAAACAGACAGAAUGCACAAAGAAAAAGAUGUCUGUGAUUACAAGGUGACUCUGACUUUAUGGACUCUCCAGGUCGGUCACAUAUUAUUGCAAGAUUAGACAUGGACACAUUUCUUGAAGAAACAUUUCUUUUUCUUUCACUGUUUACUGAACAUGAACAUGCUGUUUAUGAAGAACAGAGUACUUACUGUGAAACUUUAUUUGUGUAUUUCUAAUGAUGUAUUUGCAAAAGCAAUGCUGUAAACUGUUGAUAUUUAAGGCUUUGUGAAUCUUGUUAUAUUAGUGUUGGCUACAUGCUAAUAGUGAGUGCAAUUGUUUCAAAAGUGAUUGUGACUGACUCAUUUUGAUAUUAUAAAUGCACUUUGCAACAAGGAAGAAAGCAAUCUGUGUUCAGGGUUACCUUUUGGAUAUGGACUAAAAGCGGUUUGUCCAUCAGAGUGCUGUUUAUAUUGUGGAGAUGCCCUCAUGCUUUGGUGUAGAUUAAUAAAGCAGUGGUACUCAAU